AUACUCAAAGCCCUGUUGGAUCGUAGUUUCCUUCGAAUCUUUUGGAGAGAGCACCCAUCGUUACCCCUACGAGUCCUGGAACUCUGUACCGUUACGUACGGUACGGUAUCGGCACCAUAUCAAGCAACCAGGUGUUUGCUGAAGCUCGUCGAAGAGGAUGGUGAGGACUUUCCUAUCGCCGCUCGUAUUGUGAAAGAAGAAACGUACAUGGACGAUGUACUCUCCGGUGCAGACUCGGUGGAGGACGCUAUCGAGGCUUAACAACAGCUGAAGCAGCUCCUUGGACAAGGAGGUUUCCCCAUACACAAGUGGUGUUCAAAUUCACCGGAAUUCCUAGAGCAUAUUCCCGUGGAGGAUCAAGAAAAAAGGAUCACGUUGGAAGAGCAUGGAGUGAAUGAAGCCAUCAAGGUGCUUGGUUUACUCUGGGAUCCCUCUGCAGACUCGAUACUCAUAGCCUAUCGUCCAAAUCCAACAUUGCAUCCGUAACGGCCCACGAAAAGAACGAUGUACUCCGAGAUCGCCAAGUUUUUUGACCCCCUGGGACUGGUUUCACCGGUCAUUGUUUUGGCGAAGCUUCUAGCGCAGAAAUUGUGGCAGCUUAAGUCCGGGUGGGACGACCCGGUUGACGAAGAAAUCGCACAGCAGUGACGACAACUCCAAGAUUCCUUGUCGCAUCUUCACGAGAUCGAGAUCCCAAGGCGCGUGACGAUGGACAACGUGGUCGCCGACGAGCUGCACGGCUUCUCUGAUGCCUCCAACAAGGCUUAUGGAGCCUGUAUCUUUUUACGAAGUAUUUUUGGCGAUGGCUCGGCGAAGCUUCGUCUCCUGACCAGCAAAUCGAAACUGGCUCCCCUAAAAGAGCUGUCCAUCCCACGAAAGGAAUUGUGCGCCGCUCUUCUACUAACCCGGUUGGUACAGAAGGUGUUACCAGCCCUGGAUAUGACUUUCCGUGAAAUAGUCCUGUGGUGCGACAGUACGGUAGUCCUCGCUUGGAUUAAGAAACCUCUCAACCAGCUACAGUUGUUUGUACGGAAUCGAAUGGCAAUUAUACAAGAGCAUACCAGUAAGUACCGGUGGGAGUAUGUCCGGUCCCAACAGAACCCAGCAGACAUCGUAUCCCGAGAUCAACUAGUUGAAUCUCUGAAGCACAACAGCCUUUGGUGGAAUGGGCCCGGAUUUCUGCAAAGAGUUGAGUACUACGUAGAUGCCCCUGAAGACGUUCCAGACGAGAAGAUACCGGAACUUAAGGCCUUGGUAGCAGGGCCAGAUGUGAGUAUGGACUUCCUAUCUUUUCUUCCAAAGCUCAGUAACUUCCGCAAAAUCCAACGAGUUGUGGGCUAUGUCCUGCGAUUCACUGCAAAUUGUCGGAAAAAGGACCCGACCAAUCGAGAGAUAAAGCCCCAUCUGACCGUCUGUGAGUUACACCGCUCAUCUGAAGUCAUCAUGCAAGUUUUGCAGAAGGCACAUUUCUCCGACGAAAUUAAGCUAAUUCUGGCAAACAAACCCUGCAAGAGACUCGGAGGUCUUCGUCCAAUUUACCACGACGGACUGCUUCGAGUAGGUGGUCGGUUGGACCGCUCCCAAUUACCAUUCGAAAGUCGCCAUCCAAUCAUUCUGCCAGAUAAGGAUCCGGUAGUACGACUACUAAUUCAACAAAUGCACGUCGAGCUCCUUCACGUCGGGCAAACGGGCCUGAUGAACGCCAUGAGACAACGUUAUUGGUUGCUGAACGCAAGAUCCACCAUCCGAUUUAUCACACGCCGGUGCGUGAGAUGCUUCCGGACUAAUCCUACCACUCCCAACCAAUUGAUGGGAAACCUGCCAGUAUCGAGAGUAGUGCCGUCACCCCCCUUCGCUGUGACCGGCGUGGAUUACGCCGGGCCUUUCUGGACCAAGCAAGGCACACGUCGUCCAACUUUGGUGAAGUCGUACGUGGCCGUUUAUGUUUGCAUGGCAACCAAAGCCGUCCAUUUGGAGGGCGUCUCCGAUUUGAGUACCGAUGCCUUCAUGGCGUCCCUUCGACGAUUUAUUGCUCGCCGUGGAAUGGUCCAAGAAAUCCAUUCGGACAACGCAACCAAUUUUCGUGGUGCUCACGACGAAUUGAACAACCUUUACCAGCAGUUUUGUGACCAACACGCCGUGGACACCAUCGAAUCUUUCUGCCGCAAUCAUGAGAUUGAGUGGAAUUUCAUUCCACCCGACGCACCCGAGUUCGGUGGUUUGUGGGAGGCAGCCGUGAAGUCGGCCAAAACCCAUUUGAAGCGGGUAGUCGGCAAUACGAAUCUAACGUUCGAGGAAUUGUGUACGAUCCUGUCAGAAAUCGAGGCCGUCUUGAACUCCCGACCAUUGCUCGCAAUUUCCAACGACCCGGCGGACCCGCUGGUGAUAACUCCAGUGCAUUAUUUGAUUGGACGACCGCUGAUCGCCCCAGCUGAACCUUCCCUGGAGAACGUUAAAGCAUCCCGCUUGACACGGUGGCAACAUCUCCAACUUAUGCGCGAGCAAUUCUGGCGUGCCUGGAGCCGGGAUUAUUUGAAUACCUUGCAGCCUCGGAAGAAAAAUCGACAAGAGAAGUCGAACAUUCGGGAAGACAUGAUCGUGUUGCUUCACGAUCCAUUCGUCAUUUCUACUGCAUGUCCAUUGGUGUCCCGGAGAGCAGCGUCAAACCCCCCAGCUCUUUUCAGAGCUCCUGAGUUUAGAACUUCGAUUGACGCUAGCCAACUCCGUUCGCUCCCGCCCAGUACAGUCCAUUUCGCCUUGACAAAACCAGUUCAGAAGACAUUGUGAGGAUAGUUUCGAGCGAAUUCCGAAAUUAUUAAGAGGGAUGUCUGAAAGGAAUUCCAAGCAAAUUUCUGAGAAUAAUCCCAAUGAUAUUUUGAAGUGAAUUCUGUGAUGAAUUUCAGAACUUCUGCGAUCAUCCCAAGGAAAUGCGAAAGAGAAUCAUUUGAUAAUUUUAUGGGGAAUACUUCCCAAGUAACAAUUCGAGCUUGAUCAUAGUCUUGUAGCCCAUGACUUAGACUAGAUGAAUGCUUUAAAGCCUCGAAUAACAUGAAAUGUUAGGACAUUGUGUGAAGCAUUCCGAGGAAGUUUUCAGACGAAUUAUGAUUAGAAUUCCAAGGAUUAUGCAUUAUGAAAUAGCGUUUCUCAAUGUAUGGGUCGUGAUACACCGGUUUCAAAAAGUGAUUAUACAAAAUAUUUUGAAUUUGUUAAAACAGCUUAUUUUGUUUUAACAAAUUCAAAAUAUUUUGGAAUUUCAAGAUGCCCGUUUUUUUUCUGGUUGUUCAGCAGCUAUUGCGUUGUUCUAUUAGUUUAUUUAUUUGUUUAUUUGUUUAUUUGUUAUGGUUGCAUCAACAGACUAGAAAUAGUCCCAAUGAUGUGUUGUAAAAAAGUACAGAUUAUACAGACGACAUACAUAUACUACAGUUACUACAGUUACAAACGAAAAUAACUUGGAAAGCAUUGUCAAGUUACUAAAAAUUUAUAAGUCUUAAAUUUUACACUUAGCUGUUGGGCGUCAAGCGCCUUCGGUCAGCAAAAAAGGCAGAGAAUCUUCGGCGAAGCAUAUUCCGUGUCAAGUGGAAAUCGAACAU